AUGGGCUUCCUCCGCCUUCACAUUGAUGGAAGAUCCUUUCGUGAUACCGAGGGUCGAGAGGUCAUCCUGAGGGGCAUUAACGUUGCUGGCGACGCCAAAUACCCCAAGAACCCGGACGUUCCAUCAUUCGAAUCCCACAAGUUCUUUGAAGCAGACGACGUUUCUUUCGUCGGAAGGCCAUUCUCCCUUGAAGACGCACAUAUCCACUUCAAAAGACUACGAAAAUGGGGUUACAAUACGAUCCGAUACAUUUUCACGUGGGAAGCUAUCGAACAUGCCGGCCCUGGUAUCUAUGACGAGGAGUGGAUCGAAUUCACCAUUGAAGUGCUUAGGAUAGCCAAGCAGUAUGAAUUUUACGUUUUCAUGGAUCCACAUCAGGAUGUGUGGUCCCGGCUCUCUGGAGGGUCAGGUGCGCCCAUGUGGACACUAUACGCAGCAGGUUUCGACCCGAAGAACUUCAAGGUUACCCAAGCGGCCCUCGUUCAAAAUACCUUCGAUGACCCGGCCGAGUUCCCAAAAAUGAUUUGGAGUACGAAUUAUACUCGACUUCUUUGUCAAACCAUGUUCACCCUGUUCUGGGCAGGCCGAGACUUUGCGCCCAAGGCCAUCAUAGAUGGCGUUAAUAUCCAGGAUUAUCUGCAGGGCCACUUCAUUGCUGCAUGUAAACACUUUGCUCAGAGAAUCCAUGAAGCAGGUGACCUUGAGCAUGAUGUUGUGAUUGGGUGGGAAAGUAUGAACGAGCCUCAUCGGGGCUUAAUUGGUGUACAAGAUAUAUCCAACAUUCCUCCCGAGCAGCAACUGCAGCUUGGAACAUCGCCAACCGCAUUUCAGGCCAUCCUUACUGGUUCCGGGAGAGCUUGCGAGCAAGCAACAUGGGCAUUUGGUAGCUUUGGUCCGUAUCAGACUGGCAAGGAGCUAGUCGAUCCUGAGGGUGUGCAGGCUUGGUUGUCUACAGACUGCGAUCAAAAGUAUGGAUGGAAGCGAGAUGACGGCUGGAAGCUUAACGAAUGUAUUUGGGCACAGCAUGGAGUUUGGGAUCCCUCUACCGACACUCUGUUGCAAAAGGACUAUUUUUCUAAGGUGCCCACUACGGGAGAAAAGCUGGACUAUGAGAAAUUUACGAAUUCGUACUUCAUGCAGCAUUACAGGGCAUACAGGGAUGCCAUCCGUGAUGUAUGGCCGGAAUCCAUCCUGCUAUGUCAACCUCCAGUGAUGGAAGUCCCGCCAGACCUCUCGGGAUCUAUCGACGAUGACCCGAACAUGGUACACGCGGCUCACUUUUACGAUGGUCUGACAUUGAUAACCAAGCACUGGAACCGUCUGUAUAAUGUGGAUGUAAUCGGUGUUCUUCGUGGAAAGUAUUGGACCCCCGCAUUUGCAGUCAAAAUUGGUGAAACUGCGAUCCGUAACUGCCUCCGUGAUCAGCUAAAAUUCUUGCGGGACGAGAGCUUCAAGUACAUGGGUAAUCACCCGUUGGUCUUCACUGAGAUUGGUAUUCCAUAUGACAUGGACGAUAAGCAUGCCUACCAAACUGGCGACUACAGUAGCCAGACCAGUGCAAUGGAUGCCAAUCAUUACGCUCUGGAAGGAAGUUCAUCGAAUGGGUUCACACUGUGGGUCUACGAGACCGAGAACAAUCACCAAUGGGGAGAUCAGUGGAAUGGAGAGGAUCUAUCCAUUUAUUCCCGUGAUGAUCUAGAGCUUCCACCAGGCAAUGCGGACAGGUCACUCAACCCGCAAUCUCCUGCAUACUCCGAAAGCUACAGCAGUGGCGGAGAGCCGGAAGUCGAUCCACGCAAUCUCAAGGGCGCCAUAGCAUCUCCUUCAAUCUCCAGUGAUGGUCCUGACCAACCGAAAGGAUAUCGUGCAGCAGAAGCGUAUCUUCGGCCCAGUCCGAUCUAUGUGAGCGGAACACUGGAGAAUCAUGUCUUUGAUCUUCAGAACUGCCGGUUCACGAUGUCUCUGACUGCCACGAAGGCGACUGCGAUGGAUGCCCCUACGGAAUUAUAUCUUCCUGAUUUCCAUUUCCCCGAGGGAGAGGUUGUGGUCGCUGUGAGUGGAGGGAAAUGGGAGCUUGACUCAUACCCAAUCCAGGGGAUUAAACUUCAACGUCUACGUUGGUGGCAUGGUGAGGGUGAGCAGGAUAUCCAGAUUGAGGGGCUUAAGCGCCAACCUGGAGAAUACGCAAACCCGUCUAGUGAGGAUGUGUCGUAUCUUGAACAGUGCCAACGAGGUCAAUGUAGUCUGAUGUAA